GGAAGGGAAAUUCCGAGUUCGUGUACUGGGAAGAAGCCUCAGGUGUUUUAUGGGUUUUACAUGAAUGAUUUCAAUUUAGCGUCAACUUCGAGUUCUCUGCUUCUGUGACUUGACAGAAUAUUGUGGACAAGGAGUGCCAAAGAUACCAGGAAGAAAUUUUUUAAAACCUGUUUUUUCACAGCAAUGGCUCCAGUCUUAAGCAAAUUUGUUGGCAAAAGUCCUAGUUUAUUAUCAAGUAUACUGGGAAAACCGAUCGCUAUAACCGGGGGAGGCCUAGCACUUGUAUUAUGGCUCUUAAGCGUUCAUCGAACCAAUCAAAACAGAAGAGCUGCAGCUGCAGAACGUGUGCAAUAUGUUAUUAACGAGAAAAAUAAACGAUCAGCUGAGAAGGUGGCAAUUGAUGGCACUUUCAUACGGCGUAUUGCUGCGAUUUUGCGGAUCAUAAUUCCUGGUGUGUUUUCACCAGAAGCUGGCUUUAUGGUUUUAGUUGCUGCAGCAUUAGUAGCCCGAUCAAGUUGUGAUAUAUGGAUGAUUCAAAAUUCAACAUCAAUUGAAAGUGCUAUUAUUGGUCGCAACUUUCCACUUUUCAAAAGUUAUGUAAUACAGUUCAUCGCAGCUAUGCCUAUGAUUUCAAUGGUGAACAAUGUCUUGAAGCUUGGAUUAGACGAACUAAAACUGCGCUUUAGAACACGAUUGACCCGACACCUCUAUGACCAAUACCUGAAGGAUUUCACUUACUACAAAAUGAAUAACCUCGACAACCGAAUUUCGAAUCCAGAUCAACUGCUCACAACCGAUGUCGAACGAUUCUGUUCAAGCAUCACAGAACUUUAUUCAAACAUUAGCAAACCCAUUUUGGACAUUGUCAUUUAUGUCCAUAGACUGGCUGUCACGAUUGGCGGGCAGGGUCCUAGCAUUAUGGUGCUUUAUUUGUUCGUUUCCGGUGUAUUGUUGACCCAUUUGCGCCGCCCAGUAAGUCGUAUGACAGUGUCUGAACAACAGUUAGAGGGUGAAUUCCGCUACGUCAAUUCACGUUUGAUCACAAAUGCCGAAGAAGUUGCUUUCUAUCGCGGAAAUAUUCGCGAAAAGGCCACAAUGUUAACAGCAUUUACUCGUCUGGUGAGGCACCUCCGUCGAUUCUUGGAAUUCCGUUUCACGAUGGGAUUCGUGGACAAUAUUAUUGCAAAAUACAUUGCUACUGCUGUCGGGUUUUUCGUGGUCAGCCGCCCAUUUUUUAGCACGACCCAUCAUUUGUCCAAUGCUGGAUCUAGUGAACGAUUGGAGCAAUAUUACAAAAGUGGUCGCAUGUUAGUCAAGUUAGCUGAAGCUAUCGGCCGUUUAGUAUUGGCCGGUCGGGAAUUGACACGGCUGGCUGGAUUCACUCUACGUGUGACUGAACUGAUUACUGUUUUACAAGAUUUGAAUAACGGUCGAUACCAGCGGACCAUGGUUUCCAAUGAAAACGGGGAAGGCAAAGCCUUGACUCGAGCGCCCUUGAUUCCCGGAGCUGGUCGGAUCAUCAACAAGGACAACAUUAUCCAUUUCGAACACGUACCCUUGGUAACGCCCAACGGCGACGUGCUGAUUGAAGACAUGUCGUUCGAAGUCCAUUCUGGAAUGAACGUGCUUGUAUGCGGGCCAAAUGGUUGCGGCAAAUCGUCGCUGUUCCGAGUUCUGGGAGAGCUGUGGCCAGUUUUUGGUGGUACUUUAACCAAACCGGGCCCAGGCAAACUCUUCUACAUUCCUCAACGCCCGUACAUGACAUUGGGUUCGUUGCGUGAUCAAGUCAUCUAUCCGGAUACCUACGAAGACAUGGUGCGCAAAGGAAUUCACGACGACGACUUGCUCACGUAUCUCGACCUCGUCAAAUUGACUUACAUCCAAGAGAGGGACGGUCGCUGGGAUGCUGUGGCCGAUUGGAUGGACGUGCUCAGUGGUGGCGAGAAGCAAAGGAUUGCCAUGGCCCGCCUGUUUUAUCACAAGCCUCAGUUUGCCAUCCUGGACGAGUGCACUUCUGCCGUCAGCGUAGACGUGGAAGGUUCAAUGUAUCAAUACUGUCGUCAAGUGGGAAUCACGUUAUUUACCGUCUCCCAUCGACGGUCGCUAUGGCAACAUCACGAGUUUUACCUGCAUAUGGACGGACGAGGAAACUAUGAAUUCAAACCAAUCGAUUUGGACACUAUCGAAUUUGGUUCCUAAACUUGUUGUUGGUAGACUCUUCAUGACAACAUCCAUUGUCUGCCGCCAAGUUGAACCAACCUGUCAUGCAAAAUAUUAAGGGGUUAACAUUACAGUUUAUAGACCAAUCUAGGAUGUACUUUUUGGAGAUGAAGAAACAAAACUCGAUAUGAGUUUAUUAGGUGGUGGCCCUGUUUAUUUUGUUUACUUUUUUUUCUAUAUUUUUCGUAAUUAUGUUUUCAACAAACAUUUAUUUUAGGACUUUCUUGAUUUCAAAGAUAAAAAAACAAAAUCACGUCACUCUUUAAGUGGGUGGGAGCACUUUGUUAUAUAGUUCCUUCAUGCAUGAUGCAUAACGUUCGCUUUUUGGCUCCUUGUUAUUUUGUACUCUUUGAACUCC